UGAAUGUAAUUGAGCCAAACGUAAACCCCACUCAAUGGGAUGCUUAAAUUCGAAUUAGUUCCAAACUUGAACUCUCGUCAAAAUGUUGUACGGAAGCUUAGUCUUGAGUUUGACUCUUUUUGUGGGUUACGUAGCCGCUCAAUAUGACUACGGAGAAACAACAGCCAUUCCAAAUUAUCCCAAUUAUCCGGACUAUGGAGCAACAGAUUAUCCGACUGCAGUAACAUUGCCACCAGGAGAUUACGGAGCAACUGAUUACGGGGUUCCCGAUUAUGGGAAUCCUACUGUGCCCACUGUUGGAGGUAUUGAUCCAGGUCUGUAUCCCAACUACGACAAUUACGACGUGAUCACGCAGACUCCAGUGAUCAGCAAUCCAACGACUGUCGCAGGACCAUGUAACGGACUUCCAAAAACGAUUGUUAACUGGUAUCUGAUCCGGAGGCCUUCCUCUGUGAUUAGUGCUCGGCGAAUUACUCCGAUUAGGCAUCACCACGCGUACACGGCAUACAGAUAUCCUUGGAGUAGAGUCUACGGCGUUGCGCAGUAUCGUGUUCGGUCUCGUGUUGCGCCACGUCGGCAACGAAUCGGGAACUAUAGGUCUUACCGGAGAGGUGCUGUUUCCAAGGUUAUGCGGUAUUACUGGUAGAACGACAAUCUGAGGACAUAUGUUUUGGGGUCGGAAGUGGAAGUGGUUUUUAAAUUUAAAUGUGUGAUAUAAUAAACUAUAAAAUUGGAAAUAAUCUGUAUGGUUGUUUUAUCAGAGACUUUCUAUAUUAUAUUACAGUA